AUGGUUCGUGCUGCUGGCUCUUUCCCGGUUCGACUGGAGGCUGUUUGUGUGUGCAGUGCCCCGGCCUCAUGCCCCAAAUCUGAGCUCUGUUUACUCACAUGCAUAGUAGUGCCUGAAUCCAUUCAGGUCAGUGUCAUUUCCGUGUACAGUGCGGCUAUUCAGCCGCCACAUGCUGGGCGACCACUGCCAACCGCUACAAAUGCCUGCUACAUUAAGGCCCGGGUGUUCCCCAAGGGAGAUCUCUCGGCAUUUGACAUUGACUCUGACACAUCACCGACUGCCGUCCAUCACCCACCAGCUAAAACUAUAGACCUCGAUAAUACGUCUUCACAUACUGCUCCUAGGACUCAGGGCUCCGAUAAGAAAGCAGUCAAGAACGCCUCUCCUGCUAAUCGACAUGAAACUACUGAGGGGUGUCCCACUUCAAACCGUGACUGUGCAUCACCCUCAGAUGGCGAGGUUGAAAAUCCCUUUUGUGAAAAGCUAAUGAGGAGCUUUGAGGAGGUUAGAAGAGAAGAAAGUGUAGGAACUAACCCAGUCGACCAAUGUCCACCCGACAUUGCCGCUGCCCCCCAAUCCCAGCCUCGUCAACCGCUCCAAUCCCUCAACAGUUGCACCGCCAAACCCCUCACGUAUCCUCCUGCCAAAUCUCGUGGGAAACCCCCCGUCAGCUCCCUCGCUACUGCGAACCUCUGUGAAGAGACUGGCGCCCCCUCGUACCACAAGCUACUACCCUCUGUGUGCGAAGUGUGUAUGGUGCCUCAGAACGAAGCCAGUUGUUUCCCAACAAACACCCUUCCUUUUUCGAGCAGUGAAGCUCAGCUUGGAGCAGGAUUUGCAUGUGAGGAGCGUCUCAAAACACGACACCCCAUUAUGGCAGGCGUGGCUGUAGGUCCUCGCUCAAAGCGUGCGCCGCUGGAGAACAAACCGCCGUGUCACCUUCCAACUCCCCGUAUGGGACCCUUGCUUUCACCGGAUACAAAGAAGGUGCGCAAUCUAACGUGUUCUCCAGGCCGCAAGACACCCGAUAUUACUGCGGUGCUCCGGGGCUCCGGUCGGCCGAGCCAGAGUUCUAGUUCCCCUGGAGAGUCCCCCCAAUUUGCCUCUUUGUGCACCGGUUCUGUUAUUCAUUCCAUGCCAAGCCCGUCUCCCGCCCCACCCAGCCCGGCUGCAUUCCUCCAGGCCGGCGCUGCUCUCGCGGCGCCGCGGCCGUCAGCCAGUUCCCCAGAUGGGAGCAGCGACGCGGCAAACACGACCGCAAUACAAUUUCCCGGCAGUGUGUCCAGCGCCGCUCAAAAACAUGACUUUCCCGAUGUUGCACAUUUUCCUCCGGCGUUGGGAACUACCACCCACACUAACACAGUGGGUCAAAGUGGGGUUGAUUCUACCGCUGGCUGGAGAGGUGGGGAGGAGGUACCACAAACUGACUGUGUCAGGCGAAUGGUAAAGAGGUGCCGUUCGAGGAGGAGGAGGAGGAGGAGGAGGGAAAUAUUCCUUUCUUCCUGCAUGGCCACUAGUUUGUCAAGCACCACAUGCACAGCAGGGGAAAGGGAGGCGAGGGAUACUGUGGAAAGUGCUGCGUCGUGUCCAUCCAUCGGGAACACGGAACCAGAUAACUCUAGCACUGUCACUACUACUGAUUUGGAAGAAGAAAACAGAACGUUUCCCUUGGAAAAAGAGGUCUCCUACCUUGAUGAAAGCGGUAUGGAAGAAUCCAGGGAUCCUGCUAACAGUGACGAAGCUUCUGUUCCGACCAACUCACCAGCUACGACAGCGUCACGUCAAGAGCAGUUGGUGCCAGGAGAUGAGCCGCCAUUGGCACCCUGUACUUCCCCCCAGCCUCAUCUAACACCGCCACCGCCGGCUCCAGCACCAGCGGGUAAAGAAGACCUGAUGUGUGACAUGUUCCAGUUGCUGACUCCCGAUCGGCCAACCCCUGCUGCUCCAGACUCCAGACAACACUCUGGAGAUGUCUCCUCUGGCAGACAGACCUCAAAGCGCAGAGUCUUCAGAAGUGCCCCGACGGAAGGCAGCAGCAGCUUUUACUCACUCUUUAUCAACGACGCAGACAUAUUCAUGUGAUGUAUAUACAUACGUAAUAUAGCACCCAUAUAUGUUGUAUGCCUGGAGACUCUUUUCUGUCAAUGUUGUAUAUUAUACCAUUUCACCACCAUGUAUAUAUGUACGUACAUGUCUGCAAAGUGGAGAAGGGUAAUCAACAAAAUGCCCAA